AUGUCGGAGAACCCUAAGAAUGGUGAUGUGCCACCGGAGAAGCCAGCAGCACCUGUUGAGCCAAGUAAGGCCAGCACGCCCCCUAAGAAAGGGUGGUCGAAUCCAGCAUUAAGGAUGAUGGGGAUUCCACGAAUCAGUUUACCACUGAGAAAUUGGAUGAUAUUCUGGACAUUAUUGGCUAGUAUCGGAGGAGGCAUUGCUUACGAUAAGUACGAACAGAAGAAGAUUCGCGAGAAAUACGUUAAUAUGGUUAAGCAUUUGGGAGAAGAGGUUUAUGAAAAUGAUAGAAUACCUAGAAAAUUGACCAUUUUCAUUGCGCCUCCACCGAAUGAUUAUUUGGAUGAGUCAUUAAAGAUUUUCAGGAAAUAUGUCAAGCCAAUAUUGAAUUCCGCAGCUAUAGAUUAUGAAGUAUACACUGAAAAUAGACAAGGAGAUAUAAGAUCACAAGUAGCUGAAAAAAUUAGACAAUUAAGAAAAGAAAGAGGAGGAAUCAAAGAAGAAACACCCGAAGAAAGCAGUAAGAAACCUAUAUUGGCAUCGCCUUGGCCUGUUCCAAGUCAACAACCGAGCGACGACGAAGAAGGACCAAUGAAGAGUCGCUAUGAAUUAUACGACAGCAAAGAUAUAUUAGGACUUUAUAAGGUAUUAAACCCAAUCCAGCCUAAACGAGAUGAUGAGAUUGAUUAUGAAAAGGCUGGCGGGGUUAUCUGUAUUGGACGAGGCACAUAUAAAGAAUAUAUGACUGGGGUUCAUGAAGGGCUAUUAGGGCCAUUAUUCAAACCAAAUCCAUUACCGGAGCCAGUUGAUCCAGUUAAACCAAUUGAAAGCAAUGAAGAAAAGAUUGAUACUCCGGAAGAAAAGGCGAAGAAAGAUGAUUCAUUCGAACAACAUGAUGAAGAGGAAGAAGAAAACGAUAAAAGACAAGCGGUUGAAAAACCAUGGAUUAGACCUAAUCAAUAUAAAGAAGCCAGUUUAGCUCCGGAAUUAGAUAUGUCCACCAAGAUUCUCAAUAACAAGAGAGUCCCCGUCUUAUUCGAACAACCAAUGUACGUUUACCCAGUUCCUAACUUAUUAGGAUUUCUUAACAUGCCCCACAAAAUCUAUCGUUACUUCACCAAAAGAAGACUUGCGGAAGAAUAUGGACAAAGAACCUUAUCCAUCAUCUAUAACUUAACCAGAGAUUUCGAAUAUAAGGACCAAUUGAUGGCUAAAGAUGAAGAAGUCGACUGGCCCAAAAAAUGGGUGGAAAAGGGGAAAAGCAAAAACAGUGAAUGGGUGCAAGAAUUACAAGUUGACGAAAGAAUCACCACCAGAAUGAAAGUCUUCGAUCCACAAUUAAUUGACCAAAACUCCCAUCUAAUCAACCCUCUUUCAGUUAAAAAUCCCCCAAAAGAUAAUUGA